AUGCCAGAGAAGCGGGUGAAAGUUCGUGUUGAACACCAUCAGAAGGCGUUUUAUGAGCGAUUUCUUCACGUGCUACGACAGCAAACCGAAGACAAAAAUCAGAAGUUUGUUAUCUACAAAGCGUAUUGCAGUAUGAGGAACUACCCGCUCGAAGUCUGCUCGAUCACGGAUCUCAAACGCAUUCAUGGUAUCGGCGAAACAUUGGCUGUUCGUUGCCAUUCUGCAUGGGAAGCGGCCUGUGAAAAAUACCCAUCUGGUAUUGAUCUAAGAGCUGUUAAAAGUCUGAGAGACGGUAAUAAGACUUCAUCAGUUUCAUCAGUCUGGGCAAGAAAACGAGAAAUCAUGCUGAUUCACAGUCUAAUGCUCCGAAAACGAUCACUAAAGGAUCCACUCUGCGACUUGAAAGAAGCAAAAGUGUAA